GGCGACUGCAGUGCUGUGUGCAUCUUCCAACAGCAGGGGCAUCAAUUGAUUUGGAUGACUCUUCGACCGCUAGACGACAGUAUCCUGACGCCCGCAUAUGCCAUACCUUACUUACCUUGGGUACAUACUACCUUGGCUUCCAUUCGGGUUCGACUCAGACGGCGAGAAGAACAUCACCGAAACUUCGCUUCUACUUCAAGGCAUACAAGAAGGCACACUCUUCAGCCUUUUCUUUGCCAUUACUACCUAUCGAUCCAUACUCCAUUCGUUCUGUUCUUACAUCAGGUUUAGUUUUGCAUCUGACAUAUACUCCAUCUACUUGUGUCUUUGAAGCUCUUUACUUACGUACCUACUUAUCGUUGUCUGACCAGAAUAACGUCUCACCGUUUACUGGUACCUCUGUCUCCCACGUCCCUACAAACUAAUAUCAGCUUGAAUACCUACUGCCUUUCGUCCCAACUGUUUCUGGCCCAAUGAUUCUUAGGAUAUAUUCCAUAGCUUACUUGUGAUCUUUUCAACACUUGGUUCUUGACCCCUCUUGUCGCUCACCUCCCGACCGCAGCCAUGGCAUCAAAACAGGCACCGCACGAACGACGAAAAGGCGAAGCUGCCCUUAGCGACUUUGCCGAGUACGUCGAGAGACAGCAAGCAUUGCGCUACCCAAACAAGGCUGCCCAGAGCCAGACUGCGACAACAUCAGCAGCGACAGGCCCAAGCUCAACAUUAUCCUCAAAAAUCGCCCCCGAAGUCGAACAUCAUGCUGAGCUCGACGACAUCCUCGACAGCCUCAACCUCUCCGAGCCCGGUCCGCGAAUAAGACUCCGCGACCUUCUGCUGUCCGCCCCUGACGAUGACGCCUCCCUCCAGAAACUCGCCGACAUCGUCGGUGAGCGGUUGGACGAAGGACACGGCGAAUCCGUCUUCGACAUCGGCUUCGAGAACCAUGGCGAGAGCCUAAAGUUGACCAAGGAGGAUUGGGAGGUGGCAUACAAGAGGUUAUCGCAGGCCGCAGCCCAGAUUGAUGCUGACUGCCAGCUGCUACUAACCAAGAAUUUGGGCGGCGAUCUCGACGGUACCCCAACCCGCGAUGGCGACGUGAGCGGCAAGGUGAUGAUCCGUCGACGCCCGUCCGCAGCCGAGGAGGUUAUCGAAACGCGAAUAGCAGUCGUGGGCAAUGUCGACGCUGGCAAAUCCUCGAUGCUGGGUGUUCUGGUCAAGGGCGACUUGGACGACGGUCGCGGUCGCGCACGCGUGAAUCUUUUCCGACACAAGCACGAGAUUGAGACCGGUCGUACGUCUUCCGUCGGCAUGGAAAUCAUGGGCUUCGACUCGCACGGUCAGACCAUUCUUUCCGACACCCCCGGUCGCAAGCUCUCGUGGGAGGAAAUAGGCAAGCGCAGUGCAAAAGUAAUCACUUUUACCGAUCUUGCUGGGCAUGAACGGUAUCUAAGGACGACCGUCUUCGGCUUGUUGUCAUCGUCGCCAAAUUACUGCCUGCUAAUGGUAGCGGCCAACAACGGGCUAAUAGGCAUGUCCAAAGAGCAUCUUGGUAUUGCUUUGGCGCUGAACGUGCCAAUAAUGGUGGUCAUUACCAAGAUCGACAUCUGCCCGCCUAACAUCCUGGAACAGACCAUCACCCAGAUCACCCGCAUCUUGAAGUCUCCUGGUGCGAGGAAGAUCCCCAUUUUCAUCAAGAACCAUGAGGAAUGCAUCAACACGGCCACUCAGUUCGUCUCCCAGCGCAUCUGCCCCAUCUUCCAGGUCAGCAAUGUAACAGGCGAGAACUUGAGCUUGGUCCGUUCGUUCCUCAACAUCUUGCCGCACCAUGGACGGUACGACGCCGACGCGCCUUUCGAGUUUCAUGUCAAUGACACUUUUAGCGUCCCCCACGUCGGCACGGUCGUCUCGGGAAUCGUCAAGUCGGGGGUCAUCCAUGCGGGUGAUGAGGUUUACCUGGGGCCGGAUGGCUUGGGCAAGUUCACGACCACGGCCAUCAGGUCGAUUGAGCGGAAGAGGAUAGGCGUCCCGGCGGCGAGCGCGGGACAGUCAGCCAGCUUCGCGUUGAAGAGGGUCAAGAGAAAGGACGUUCGUAAGGGAAUGGUGGUGCUCUCCAAGACUGAAAGUGGACCGCCGAAGGUGUAUCGGGAGUUCAUUGCUGAAGUCCUCAUCCUCUCCCACGCAACCACCAUCAAAACCAAAUACCAGGCCAUGCUUCAUGUCGGCCCCGUCUCCCAGACAUGCGCCAUCAUCGACGUUGAUCGUCCGUUUAUCAGGACCGGCGAUCGGGCUACCGUCGCGUUUCGGUUUGUCCAGAGACCCGAAUACCUAGUCCCGGGAGACAGACUUCUCUUCAGAGAAGGCAGAACCAAGGGGUUGGGUAUCGUCAAGAGUGUGGGGUAUGAUCCUGAACGGCCGUUGGGCGGGGUUAAUGUAGGUGAAGGGGGUGAUAAGGUGGCUGCGGGCGUUGAAGAUGUCAAACAUGAGGGUGGCGGUAACGAGGUGAAGGUUGGUGCUUAGUGACCUGGCACCUGGUGCUGAUUUGGCGUUGGGCAGAUGAUGUUGUGAUGACCCAAGUUGGGGGCCGCGUUACCUUUUUUUCUUUAUACUUUCUUUGAUGCAUGGCCUCAUCUCCUCGUUUUGAUGGCUCAUAUACGGAGCGGCGCAGUCAGGGCACAGUACAGAACUAGUGGUGACCCACUACUUGCAGAUAUUCAAGUAGUAGUAGGAGUAGUAGUAGUAGUAGUAUCAUGGACGAUAUGGCUUUUGUAUGUGUCGGUGGAAGAUGAGUGACCUACAGGUAUUCUCAAAUGAACAUAUGAAAAUUCUUGAG